ACGGCGCCGAAAACUAACAGACAAAGAGAGAGAGAGGGAGAGAGAAUGGUGAUGUGGUCGUACCCACCGACGCGGAAGCAGCUGGCCGUGACGGCGUUCUGUUUCGUAACGGGGGUGGCGCUCUUCGCCGUCGGAGCUCACCUAUCGCUGGCAAACGUGGGCCCACAACAAGACCGGGUCAAGGCUCGAAGGGACUUCGUCAGAGACAGACUCAGAAAGCUUCUCGAUGAUGAUUGAGAUCAAACGGCUGCAGCUGCUUCUGUCUUUCUGUUGAUCAAGCCAGCCAACUAGGGGAAGGACUUGCUAUCUUCACGCCCCAACCCGCAGUUUUGGUGGUUGCGGUUUUGGAUAUGGAUUCAGAUUGGGAUUCAGCAUUACCGCUACCACCAACAUCCGAAGUGAAUCUAAUCUGAUUUUGGAACCAAUACUGCAACCAUCAAAACCGCGGAUUGGGGCGUGACACUUACAUACAUCUCCGAGAUGACAUUGUGAUGUUGCAGAAUAAUGAUACAGUGUUAUGUGUUGUAAUUUUUUUACAUACCACUAUAUUAUUAGAUUGAGACUUCACAUUGGCGUCUUGUCUAUAUUGUAUGAUUGAUCAAACCAACGUUGGAUUUGUUUGUGGAAUCAGUCCGCCCCAUUCAACCAGGGUAAAGCAAAAAGUUGUACUUAUCCUAUAAUUUGGUUAUAAAUAUUUGCUCCCAAUUGUUGGCUA